AUGAAGUACGUUUUGGUAUCUGGAGGUGUCAUCUCCGGCGUGGGCAAGGGCAUCAUUGCCUCCAGCACUGGCCUACUGCUGAAGUCUCAAGGUCUUACUGUGACCAGCAUCAAGAUCGAUCCCUACAUCAACAUCGAUGCGGGUACCAUGGCCCCCACCGAACACGGCGAGGUCUACGUCACAGAUGAUGGCGGUGAAAUGGACCUUGACCUGGGCAACUACGAGCGCUACCUCCUCACCACCCUGUCCCGCGAUCACAACAUCACCACCGGCAAGAUCUACCAACACGUUAUCGAACGCGAGCGAAUCGGAAAAUACCUGGGUAAGACCGUCCAGGUCGUCCCUCACAUCACAGAUGCCAUCCAGGACUGGAUUGAGCGAGUCGCUCUUAUCCCCGUUGACGAGUCCAGGGCCGUGCCUGACGUUUGUAUCAUCGAGCUCGGUGGUACCGUCGGAGAUAUCGAGAGUGCUCCCUUUAUCCACGCUCUGAGUCAGCUCCAGCGUCGCGCUGGAAAGAACAACUUUGCUCAGAUUCACGUGUCCUACGUGCCCAUGAUUCCUCCCGGCCCUGGCGGCGAGCAAAAGACCAAGCCUACUCAGCGUGCCAUGAGCGAUACUCGCAGCGCUGGUCUAAACCCUGAUUUGAUUGCCUGUCGUUGUGAGCUGCCCCUUGAGGCUUCCACAAUCCAGAAGAUCGCCAACAUGUGCUCAAUGGAGCCCAAACAGGUUCUGGGUGUGCACAACGUGACGACUACAUACCACGUACCCAUGCUUCUCGAGAAGCAGCACCUGAUCAAAACUCUCAGCGAACUUCUCGACCUUAACUCCCCCACCUCCACCGUCAUUCCUCCUAGCCCCGAGCGUCUCGAGAACGGCAAGCUCAUGUGGCACGACUGGUGCGAGCUUGCUCGUGGCCAGGAAUUCGUCCACGACACCGUCUCUAUUGCGCUGGUGGGUAAAUACACUACCCUCCAUGACGCCUACAUCAGUGUCUCCAAGGCGCUUGAGCACGCCUCUAUGUACUGCAACAAGAAGGUCCAGGUUGUCUGGGUCGAUGCCUCGCACCUUGAGGAAGAAACCAACUCGCCGGCCGAGUACCAUAAGGCGUGGCACGCUGUUUGCACCGCGGACGGUAUCUUGGUCACUGGUGGAUUUGGUAACCGCGGUACAGAGGGUAAGAUCAAGGCGAUUUCAUGGGCGCGCACACAGAAGAAGCCCUUCCUCGGUGUGUGUCUCGGUAUGCAGCUGGCUGUGCUCGAGUACUGCCGCAACGUUGCGGGCAUCGAGGAUGUCAACAGUGAGGAGCUUGACCCCAAGGCCAAGAACCAUGCUAUCGUCUACAUGCCCGAGGUUGACAAGGACAAGCUUGGAGGUACCAUGCGUCUGGGUAAGCACCCCUGUAUCUUCCAGGAAGGUACUGAGUGGUCCCGCCUGCGCGCUAUGUACGGUCCCACCACCACCCAGGUGGAGGAGCGUCACCGUCACCGUUAUGAGGUGAACCCUGAGAUGAUUGGUCAGAUCGAGAAGGCCGGUCUCUCCUUCAUUGGCAAGGAUGUCAAGGGAGAGCGAAUGGAGAUUAUUGAGAUUAAGGACCACCCUUGGUUCGUUGGUGUUCAAUUCCACCCGGAGUAUCUCAGCCGUGUGUUGAGCCCCAGCAAGGCUUUCCUUGGUUUCUUUGCUGCUGCUGCAGGAUGUUUGGAUGAGGUCACGAAAGCUGUCAAUGCUGGUCAACGAAGCAUUGGAAAACAGCAAUAG